CUGGACCAGCUCCGAGCGCGGCUAGACGAUGCGCGGGAAGACCUCGAGCGGAGUCGGGCGGAACUGGAUGAGUUGAGGGAGAGGAGGAGGGUACAGCAAGAGGCGAGGAGUAGGGUGCCUGUGGGCGCUAUGCUGGUCAUCCAGGGAUUGGCGCAGACGCGGAUCACGUCUUCGACCCUGGGGGAGGUACAGGCUGGAGGAAGUGCGGCACCGGGAGGAGCAGCUGGAGCGUCGAUACCGGAAGCUGGACAGGGCAUAUCAUCGGCGCCAGCGGGGAGUCCGGCCGCAGCGGGGCCAGCACCGAGGCGGCCCAAUAUGGGACGGCGGAUAUCCGAUGGGAGUCUCUUCAUGCGGAGACGAGAGAUCGAGCGGGAACAGGGCGCGUCGCUGGAUCAGCAGGCGAGGAUGAUCAGCGGGCUUCUCACCGUCGCAGCCGCAGCUACCGCCAACACCCUCCUCGCCGUCCCCGAGCCCACACCCGAACCCGCCUCAGCGCCACGUACAGGUCUCACCGGCGCCAUCCAUAGUCUGUUGAAUCGCCUCCGACCCGCCCGGGCACCGCAGCACGGUAUCGAGCAAGCUCUGGGCCAGUAUCUCCGGAACGCGGUGCGCGAGCGACGACCUACCGCUCCUGCCGUUCCGGGCGCGACUGCACCUGAGGCGGAGACGAAUGGUCUGUCGAGAUUGGCACUUCCGCCGGUGACGGUUCCAGAGUCACAGGGGGGAGCGGCGGCGGGAUCGGAGUUCCAGGCGUUCUUGAGGGGCCUGGAGGGGGAUCUUGUCGGUGCCGUUCGAGCGUAUGCCGGCUCGAUGCGGUCAGAUGAUGGGGAAGAGCAGGAGGUUGAAUCGGGCGAAACGACGGGAGAGGACGACGGGGACUCGACCUGGUCUUCGGACUCCGAGGUGGAGGUGGAGGCAGAGUCAGACUCGGAUUCCACCACCGAGCCAACCACAUCCGCAAUUCCCGUCUUCCACGCUCAGCUGGGUCAGAACACACCAGGCGGUCAGGCAGAUCGGUAUGGCGUCUCAGGAGGAACGGAUGGGCAGCCUCGACAACUCAACUUCUUCCGUGCCCAUUUGUUCCCGCCAAUCAGCUUUGGGCCUGCGGUCGCUUCGCCCGCCGUCGGUUCGUCGGGGACCUCCACGAAUGCAGAAGCGGGACCCAGCGGUACGAGGGGAUCAUCAGCUACCGCCACGGCACCCACUCCAGAUCCGAACGCGAUCGUACCCUGCAUCUUUGUAGGGGUGCGGAGUAUCCAGCGGGAUGAAUCUGGCGGGCCGGAAGAUAUCUUCAAUCAGCCUGGCCUGUUUGAGGGACAAGGCGAAGAGGGUGCGGGAGCUGCGCCUGGCUCUCCGUCCACCUCUGCACCUGCACCCACUGCACCCUCAGUACCGGCCGACUCCAAUCGCCCCUCCCUCCCCCGCGUCGUCUCCUCGCCGGCACCCGACCCCUCUCCGCCCCGAUCCUUCCGAGACCGUUUCCUCUCGCGCCUAUCUCGCCGACCCGCCCUCGCCCCUGUCCACCCAAUCAACACCUACCUCGUCUACGUCAUCGGAGGCAACUACCCCGCGAACCAUCCUGUACUGCGUAUCCCCGCGCUCCUCUCUGGCGCUCCAUUAUCCGACGAGGACAUGGCGCUCAUCUCGGAGCUCAUAGGCCCCGCCAAGGCGCCCACUGCAUCGAAAGAGGACAUUGAGCGCGCCGGGCUCAAGAUUGUCGAUGGGGCCCAAAUGGCCGAGUUGGGGGAGAAGGGAGAGGUGUUGGAUAAUUGUACGGAGCGGUGUUUGAUCUGUCUGGGGGACUAUGAGGAGGGAGAGGAGUGUAGGGUGCUGGUGUGUCGGCAUGGGUACCAUAAGGCGUGUGUGGACCAGUGGUUGGAGAAGGGGAGUAAUUCUUGUCCUGCUUGCAGGUCCGAG